AUGAUCCGGCAGUUUCAGGCCUGCUGUCUUGUCCUGCUGUUCCUGGUUGGCUUUGCUCAGCAGACCCUAAAGCCUCAAAAUAGGAAGGUGGAUUGCAACAAAGGAGUGACAGGCACCAUCUAUGAGUAUGGAGCCCUCACCCUGAACGGUGAGGAGUACAUCCAGUUCAAGCAGUUUGCAGGCAAGCACGUCCUGUUUGUCAAUGUAGCCACCUAUUGAGGCUUGGCAGCUCAGUAUCCUGAACUGAAUGCACUACAGGAGGAGCUGAAGAAUUUUGGUGUCGUUGUGUUGGCCUUUCCCUGCAACCAGUUUGGAAAACAAGAACCAGGAACAAACUCAGAAAUACUUCUUGGACUCAAGUAUGUGCGUCCAGGUAGUGGCUUUGUCCCUAAUUUCCAGCUCUUUGAGAAAGGGGAUGUGAAUGGAGAAAAAGAACAGAAGGUCUUUACUUUCCUGAAGAACUCCUGCCCUCCAACCUCUGAUCUUUUGGGCUCAUCAAGCCAGCUCUUCUGGGAGCCCAUGAAAGUCCAUGACAUCCGCUGGAACUUUGAGAAAUUUCUGGUGGGGCCCGAUGGAGUCCCUGUCAUGCGCUGGUUCCACCGGGCUCCAGUCAGCACAGUCAAAUCAGACAUCCUGGAGUACCUACAGCAGUUCAAUGCCCACUAG